AUGUCAGACAUCGAUAAAUGGAUAGAUAUUGCAAAAGAGUGCAAAUACCUGCCAGAAAAUGACCUAAAGCAACUUUGUGACCUCGUGUGUGACUUACUGCUAGAGGAAUCCAACAUUCAACCUGUUUCCACCCCGGUUACUGUUUGUGGUGAUAUUCACGGCCAGUUCUACGAUCUGGAGGAGCUUUUCCGUAAUGGAGGUCCCGUACCUGAUACCAAUUACAUAUUUAUGGGAGAUUUUGUGGACAGGGGUUACUACAGCUUAGAAACAUUUACCCGUCUUUUGACGCUAAAGGCAAAAUGGUCCAAUAGGAUAACGCUAUUGCGUGGAAAUCAUGAAUCGCGACAAAUCACGCAUGUUUAUGGUUUUUACGACGAGUGUCAAAACAAAUACGGAAAUGCAAAUGCGUGGAAGUAUUGCUGCAGGGUAUUCGAUCUGCUCACAAUUGCUGCCUUAAUCGACGAACAAGUUCUUUGUGUACAUGGAGGUUUAUCGCCAAUUAUUAGGACGUUAGAUCAAAUUAGAACGAUCGAAAGAAAUCAGGAAAUUCCACACAGAGGUGCGUUUUGUGAUUUGGUUUGGUCGGACCCUGAAGACGUUGAUACGUGGACUGUCAGCCCUCGAGGGGCUGGCUGGUUAUUUGGGAGUAAAGCAACUCAUAUGUUUAUGGAUAUAAAUGACCUAAAACUAAUUUGUAGAGCACAUCAAUUAGUCCAAGAAGGUUAUAGGUACAUGUUCAAUGAUAAGCUGGUGACUGUAUGGUCGGCGCCAAAUUAUUGUUACCGCUGUGGUAACAUAGCAAGCAUAUUGCAGUUCACGACGGUGGACGACAGAACGCCGGUGCUAUUCCAAGCGGUGCCAGAAUCCGAGCGAGUCAUUCCUCCCAUAAUCACCACCCCGUACUUUUUGUGAUUCAACUCGGCACCCGCACCUUUAUGGGCCCAGAAGAGGGUCAUCUUGGUCUAGGCUUUAAUGGAUUUACAUGACUGUUUCUUGGUCUGGUGGGUCCGGCUGAUGCGAUCAUGGCAGGUGAAAUUUCCAAUGACGUACACACACCGCAAGUUUGACACGUAGAAUUUUAGAAUUCUCUCGGGAGUUUUUUUCCGAGAGGCUGGUGAGCGACUUUCGGCGGGAACGACUUAACCUUGAGCUUACGUUCCAAAAAAAGGACCCUAACAAACAAAACAAAAACAAAAAAAACAAUAAAAA